AUGACCACCGUCAAUGCUGCCGCUGGCACCGAGACCGUUGCCGCCGUCCCCGUCGCGGGCGCUACCUCAGCCGACUACUACGCCGACUCGUACGCCCACUUCGGCAUCCACGAGGAGAUGCUCAAGGACGAGGUCCGCACCCUGAGCUACCGCAACUCGAUGUGGCACAACAAGCACCUGUUCAAGGACAAGGUCGUUCUCGACGUCGGCUGCGGUACUGGUAUCCUCUCGAUGUUCGCGGCCAAGGCGGGCGCGAAGAAGGUCAUCGGCGUCGACAUGUCCAACAUCAUCGACCAGGCGACCAAGAUCGUCGCCGCCAACGGUUUCGCCGACACCAUCACGCUCAUCAAGGGCAAGAUGGAGGAGGUCGUCCUCCCCGUCGACAAGGUCGACAUCAUCAUCUCGGAGUGGAUGGGCUACUUCCUCCUCUACGAAUCCAUGCUCGACUCGGUCCUGUACGCGCGCGACCGGUACCUCAACCCGGGCGGCCUCAUGUUCCCGGACGAGGCGACCCUGUACCUGGCGGCCAUCGAGGACCAGGAGUACAAGGAGGAGAAGAUUGGCUUCUGGGACGACGUUUACGGCUUCGACUACUCGUGCAUCAAGGAGAUUGCGCUCCGGGAACCGCUCGUCGACACGGUCGACCUCAAGUCGGUCGUCACCAACCCGUGCAAGCUCGCGACGUUCGACCUCCUCAAGGUUACCAAGGAGCAGCUCACGUUCAUGACCAAGUUCAAGCUCACCGCGACUCGCAACGACUACGUUCACGCAUUCCUCGGCUGGUUCGACUGCGCGUUCCGCUCGUGCCACAAGCCCGUCAGCUUCUCUACCGGCCCCCACGCCAAGUACACUCACUGGAAGCAGACCGUCUUCUACCUCGGCGACAUGAUCACGCUGCAGCAGGGCGAGUCGAUCGAGGGCACGAUGAGCGUCGCGCCCAACGCGCGCAACCCUCGCGAUCUCGACAUCGUCGUCGAGUACAAGAGCGAGGGCGAGCACCCGACGAGCGAGAGGAGGGAGUACCGCAUGGCAUAA